AUGACUCGAAGAUCUCAGCUCAGCGAAUCGGCUCGUGUAUUCAAACAAGAAAAUCCCCAAGCGAGUGUCGUUUGGGCGAUCGUCGACAGCGUACGUCAGGUGGAUGUUGGCGACAAAUACUACGUAAACAAAUACCCAACGAUGAAAGUUUUUGUUAAUGGAGAGCUCAUCCAAAAAGAAUACAGAUCCACACGAUCAGUCGAGGCUCUGACUGCUUUCGUCAAGUACCAGUUGUCAACGGCGAUCAAUGAGUUUGAAACCCAGGAGCAGCUCACUGCAGCUAUGGAUAAAACGAAGAGGAAUGUAGUGGCUUGGGUGAAACGAGGUGGAGAGGAAUAUUCGAAUCUUAAAAAAGUUGCCUCGUUACUUCGAGAGGAGUGCACCUUCUGGGUAGCCAAUGAAGCUGCCACUGCUUCACUCAAUGAGAAUAAGCUGUCUUACUACGAUCCUGAUGACGAGAAUGAGCAAAAGUUUACUGGGAAUAUGCGAGAUUACGAAUUCUUCAAGCAAUGGGUGACCGAUAAAUGUAUUCCGCUUGUACGGUAA